GGGAGAGAACAUAUAGUGAAUGCAGGGUCCGGGGAGAGCGAGGAUAUAGUGAAUGUAGGGGUCCAGGGGGAAGAGAGCGGAUAUAGUGAAUGCAGGGUCCGGGGAGAGCGGAAUAUAGUGAAUGCAGGGUCCGGGGGAGAGCGGAUAUAGUGAAUGCAGGGUCCGGAGAGAGUGGACAUAGUGAAUGCGGGUCCGGGGAGAGCGGAUAUAGUGAAAUGCGGGGUCCGGGGGUGAGAGCGGAUAUAGUGAAUGCAGGGUCCGGGAGAGCGGAUAUAGUGAAUGCAGGGUCCGGGGAGAGCGGAUAUAGUGAAUGCAGGGUCCGGGGA